AUGGCUCCCAAGAAGAAGGCUCAACAGCAGACUAUGUCCCUUGGGGACUUUCUGGCUGACAGCUUUGGUGGAAGCUCAUCUUGGGCUGAUGAGGUUGAGGAAACCUCAACUCUCGGCACUCAGGCUCUUCCUCCUACCGACCGUUCCUCCUCUCGGUAUACAAGCAACACCACCUCCAGCUGGCAGGACCGGGGUUUCUCUGUCCGCGAAGCUGGCCCCCAAACACUCCCCGACAAGCCACCUUUCACUGCUCACUUGGGCAACCUGGCCUACGAUGUCACCAACGAUGUUGUUGCUGACUUCCUUUCCGACUGCGGUGUUGUCAAUGUCCGCCUUAUCGAGGACCGUGAGCUUCAGCGCCCUAAGGGCUUCGGUUAUGUCGAAUUUGAGACUCUUGAUGGCCUAAAGAAAGCUCUUGCCCUCGAUGGUGAAUCUUUCGGAGGACGAAUGAUCAAGAUCAAGGUCGCCGAUCCUCCUCGUGGUGGUGAUCCUGGUCGAGGAGACUCUAUCCGUGAGAUGGGAGCUUGGGACCGCAAGGGACCUCUGGCCGAUGCCCCCUCAAGAGGUGGCGCUCGGGAUUUCGGCGACCGUGAGCGUCGACCUCGUGAUCCUGCAUUUGAGAGCCGCCCUCAGCGCGAGUUCACUUGGGAACGACAUGGACCUUUGGCUCCUCUCUCCCCUCAGGAGGGCUCUAGUUCCCGAGCCGGAAGCCGUCCCCGUGCUUCUCCCGAUGCUAUGGGUGAGCGUAGCGACUCUUUCCGAGGCAACCGCCGAGACUCCCCUGCUUGGGGUGAGGCUCGUGAGGGUGGCCCUCGUCCUGAGCGCACUGAGCGUCCUGAUCGUCCUGAGCGAACUGCCACUGCUGCUGACAAGGACAUGCAGUGGCGCGACCGAAUGCGCCCCGCCGCCGCCGCCGCCCAAGCUGCUUCUCCUGAUGGUAGCGCCCCCCCUUCGCCCGCCCUUUCUAACGCGGCGCCUACCCAAGGAGGCCGCCCUCGUCUGAACCUCGCCAAGCGAACUGUGUCCGAGGCUCCUGAUGCUUCAGCAUCUGGUGGCUCUGACGUCAAGGCUAGCCCCUUCGGCGCCGCUCGUCCUAUCGAUACCGCAGCCAGGGAGAAGGAGAUUGAGGUCAAGCGACAGCAAGCUAUCCAGGAGAAGAAGGAGGCCGAUGAGAAGGCCAAGGAGGAACGAAAAUUGGCGAAGGAAGCCGAGGCCAAGGCCGAGGCUGAAGCAAAGGCAAAGGCUGAAGCUGAGGCUGCUGAGGCUGAGGUCGAGGCUGCCAAGGCAAAGGAAGCUGCUGAAACAGCUCAAGCCAAGGAGACCCCCGAGACAACCGAGGAGGCAACAGAGCCCAAGGCUGAGGCUGCUGAGACAGCCAACGGUGAGCAGAAGGUGCCCAUCCGAAACCGUGAGCCCCGAGAGCCUGCCCCCAAGUCAAGAGCCAACGAAGCUUCAAGCUGGCGCUCUGCUUCUAACGAUCAGCGAGGCCCUCGUGGAGGUGGACCCCGAGGUGGUCGUGGCGGCCGUGGUGGUGGUGGCAUCCGAGAAGCGAGGGUUGGACCUCUUCGAUCCAACGGAUCCGCUGCUCAACAACCUGCCUCCAACGAUGCUGAGCCUACUACCCCCACAGUCGAAGAUGAUGGCUGGAGCACGGUGACCAGCAAGAAGGGCCGACAGGGACGUGCGAUGGCACCUUAG